CCCACUUCCGCGCCGAUUUCUGUGUGGAGGCGCAGGCCCGGGACCCGCCGUUGCCCGUGCCCGCGCAGCGCCGCAGCAGCUCGUCCCCAUGGCUAACCUGGAGUUGUUCGGUGCGCAGCAGCCGCAGGCCGCCGCCGGUAACGGGGCGACGGACGGCGCCGAGGAGGACCCUGCCGCUGCCUUCCUGGCGCAGCAGGAGAACGAGAUCGCGGGCAUCGAGAACGACGAGGGAUACGGCAUCCUGGAGAGCGGCGACGUGCCGGAGGCGCUGCAGGCGGCGGAGGGCUUCGACUCCGGUGCUGUUGAUGGAGUGAUGAAUGGAGUUGUCUAUCAGGAAAGCAAUGGUCCAACAGACUGCUAUGCUGCCAUAUCACAAGUAGAUCGACUGCAGUCAGAACCAGAGAGCAUUCGUAAGUGGAGAGAGGAGCAAAAGGAGCGCCUUGAGCAGCUUGAUGCUAACUCAAGAAAACAGGAAGCAGAAUGGAAGGAGAAAGCAAUAAAGGAGUUGGAGGAGUGGUAUGCCAGACAAGAUGAAAAGCUCCAGAAAACAAAAGCUAGCAACAGGGUGGCAGAUGAAGCUUUCUACAAACAACCCUUCGCUGACGUGAUUGGUUAUGUCACAAACAUAAAUCAUCCUUGCUACAGCCUAGAACAGGCAGCUGAAGAAGCCUUUGUGAGUGAUGCAGAAGACGUUUUUCCAGGCACUGAGUGGGAACGCGUGGCUCAGCUCUGUGACUUUAAUCCCAAGUCUAGUAAGCAGGCUAAAGAUGUGUCCCGCAUGCGUUCAGUCCUCAUCUCACUCAAGCAGGCUCCGCUGGUUCGCUGAAGAAAGGCACAAUGGAAACACUACAAAUGCAAUAUCUUAACCUUACUCAGAGAAGCUAUGUUUGCUGUAAUUGGAUUAAUUGUUUCUAUGUUUUUGUUGGACCAAACAUGAUGUAUCUAGAGCUGAUCACUGUUUCAUUGCAUGUUCUUCCUCAUGUCUUUGUUUUAAAUGAGAGAACCUCCUGAACUGUAGUCUGUGCUAUUUGCACUGAGAAGUCACUUCCAGCGUUACUGAUAUUAAAGAUGUGUUAAACUGCAAAA